AUGAGUUUGUGGACGCCAUAUUUGGAGGAGCCGAUGGAUUUGACGAAGCAGAUGCCGAAAAGGAUUAAACUGAGCAACUGGCCUCUACACGAGGAGAGCUCCAACCCUGAAGACUUCCUUAGGAUACCAGCAUACUCCCCAACACUUGACGCAACCCAGGAACGUAUACCAGCUUUCUCUCCUAUUCGGGAAUCUACACAAGAACGCCUACCGGUCUAUUCUUGUAUUGGCGACACUACCCAGGAACGAGUACCACUAUACUCCCCACACAAGGACACCCAGGAGCGCCUAUACUCCCCGCUCCGUGACACGUCCUCCCCGACAUCAGUGUCCAGCGACCACGUGACCGAGGAUCCCGAGUACCAGGCCUUCGAGAGGGACGCGCUCCGAGCGAUGGCGCAGAGCGGGAGGAUAGUCCAGAACAACCCGCGCAUGCGCCGCGACAUCCAGUCCUCGCAGACCGACGACCAGUACCGCCAGCAACGCCAGAGGAACAACAUGGCCGCCAAGAUGAGCAGGGACAGGCGGAAGAUGAGGGAGGUGAAACUCGGCAUCCAGGUGGCCUACCUCACCAGGAAACUGGUGGAACUGCAGAACAGGCUCGCGGAACAGAUGUACGACCAGCCUUAUCUCACCGGCCCGAGUUAUAGUGUCUACAAGAACUAG